AAACCACAGAAGAAGUGUGAAACCGUCAGUUGGGCAGCCGUGGCGUCAUGCGCGUGUGACGUCAACAGCGGAAGGGGAUUGAGAGCUGAUGUUUACGCUGGUCACAAUAAACUCCUAAACAGAUCGUACAACAGCUUUCAGAUGUCUGAGGACGUCUAUGAGAAGUUCCUCGCUCCAGAAGAGCCGUUUCCACUGCUGUCACAGAGAGGAAACUACAGUGAAGAUGCUACGCUGGACGUCAGCGACUUCGGGUGUCAGUUGUCAUCGUGUCACCGAACAGACCCGUUACACCGCUUUCACAGCAGCAGGUGGAACCUGACGUCGUGCGGCACCAGCGUGGCCAGUUCGGAGUGCAGCGAGGAGCUCUUCUCCUCCGUGUCUGUGGGCGAUCAGGAUGACUGCUACUCCCUCCUGGACGAUCAGGAGCUCACCUCCUUCGACCUCUUCCCUGAGGGCAGCGUGUGCAGUGACGUGUCCUCCUCCAUCAGCACUUACUGGGACUGGUCAGACAGUGAGUUUGAGUGGCAGUUGCCCGGCAGCGAUAUAGCCAGUGGCAGCGACGUGCUGUCGGACAUCAUUCCCAGCGUGCCCAGCUCACCCUGCCUCGUGUCCAAAAGAAAAAACAAACCCCACCGAAAUCUGGACGAGCUGCCCUGGAGCGCCAUGACUAACGACGAACAGGUGGAAUAUAUUGAAUACUUGAGUCGAAAAGUGAGCACAGAGAUGGGGCUUCGGGAGCAGCUUGACAUCAUAAAAAUAAUCGACCCGAGCGCACAGAUUCUGCCGACAGACAGCGAGUUCAUCAUUGAGCUAAACUGCCUCACCGAUGAGAAGCUCAAACAGGUGAGGAGCUACAUCCGCGAGCACAGUCCGCGGCAGCGUGGCGGCGUGACGCGGGACGGCUGGAAGAGGAGCAUGGCGAGCAGCGGCAGCACCAGCGGCGUGAGCGCUCACAGCAGCAGUAACGCCAGCAUGGUGAGCAGCGCCAGCAGCAGCAGCGCCUCCACCGGCUCCAAUUCCUCCACCAGCAUCAGCCGCGCACACAGCGACGGGAACCUGGCCACCGCCGCCGAGAGGAUACGAGACUCCAAGAAACGCUCCAAGCAGAGGAAGAUGCAGCAGAAGGCUUUACGUAAGCGUCAGCUGAAGGAGCAGAGACAGGCCCGGAAGGAGAGGUUGAGCGGCCUGUUCCUGAACGAGGAGGUGCUGUCGCUCAAAGUCACGGAGGAGGAGGACCACUGUGACGACGUCGACGUGUUGAUGUGACGAGAGUGAAUUAUUCAGUGUUCCUUCUAAGCCAUUAAUCGGUCUGUUCUAGACGUCGCUCACCAACCGGAUCGUUAGUUGAAAUGCUAACAAAGUCUCUCCGCAGUUACGCUAACUGAUCCACACAUCUCCAGCCGCCCUUUAUCGUUGUCAGAUACAGCAGAUGUGCUUGUAUCACUGGCUUGUGGAAUCUCAGAGUAGUGGACUUGAAAUGAUAGUCAGCGGUGACCCCUGUCACGUUACAGUAAUCCCAUGAGCAAAGUAUUAAAAUAUCUGUAAAUUAACGUACACCUCAUCAAAGAUGAAAAACACUAAUCGGUUGAGUCUGAUGCGACAGCAUGAAUGCGAGCGCCUACACGCGGAGCGGGCUGUAGGAAGACGGUCGGCAGCCUCACAGAAAGGCUGUUUGUACAUCAUUCAUACAUACGGGGAACAAAAUGUUCGUGGUCAGUCCCCGUGCCAGUGACGUUUGACAAUUCUUAGUACAUCAGCAAAAAAUGAAUGUGUUAUUAAACACUCUUUAUUAGGAGAAAUCAAAUGAAGUGAUUACGUACAUAACCCUAAUCGCAUAUGAUACCAAGUUUAAAACGUGCUCUACUAACGAUACUGUAGAAAGAGACCAGACGUCGCAUUCGAGUAAUUAUUUCUCAUCUGUAGCAAAAUUGUCAAUGGUCUUAAUUUAGUCGACGGCACAUAAACGAUUGAGAAUUUUUUGCUUUUUUUUUUGGAAAUGUUUUGUCAUAGGCUUGAAUGUGAAUCUUUAGAGUCUGAUAAAUAUAAAGAGCAUCAAUGAAAAUGAAAUACAUUCUGCCCUUACCCAGAAGACAGACUUUCUGUGACGAUGCAGUUCAGUUCUGCGUUAUUAAAAAGCAUUGAAAGGACAAAGAAGCUGAACACUGACAUCUUCACUGAUCUUUUGUUCAUAAUAUGUACAUAAAUGAUUGUGUAAUCAUUGUUUGUUGUAGUACAUACAUGUUGAACUCAGGCAUAGAGGGAACACUGACAGCUGAAGUCAUCGCCUCCGUUGUAUCGCUACUUUACAUUCAUUUGAAAUCUCAUUACAUUAUGUUUUGGAACUUUUUGACAUUGAAAUUUCAUAUGAAAGUCUAAUAGUACACAAUACCUUUAAACAUGUUCACUCACCUAACUUUACAGAAAAUAUUACAUGUGCUCUCCUGGCCAAAUUGGAGAGAGUAAUAUUUCACAACUUUUAUUGUGAUUAUAUUCAUAUAAUCUGUGCGAGGGGAGUGCGUUUUAGUGUAAAAAUUGCACACGUUCACUUGUCUAACAUCUUUUGUUUAGAUCAGAAUUUGUUUGCUUUUUUUUUUUUUUUUAACCUUGCAUACAUGUUAUUUAAGCUUUCUUUAUAAAUGUGAGCUUUGUUUUAUUGCAGAUGUGCAAUUUGAACAAUGAUUUUCAUUUUUAGUUGCAGCGUGUCUAAAUAACAUGUUUUUAUUUGUUACACCAUUUGUAAAACAACUACAUAGAUAUUUUGAGUCAGACAUAAAUGUAAAUGUAUAAGGUGAAGCUAAUAUGACUUUAACUGCUUUGCUGAAAUGUCUGAACAUUUUUAAUUUUAACAGAAUAAAAUCAAAGUACGAUGUGAUCGAUGGAGAUGUGAAAUAUAUUGAACAUCAAACUGCUUUUGUGUCAAUCAAUUAUAUACUGCCUUGACAUUAAAUCAUUUUUGCUCUUAAAUUUAUAA